GUACGUACGUACGGACGGCAUUCACAUUCAGUUCAUCAUUGGUCGACAAUAAUCGCACAAAUAAACCGUGCUGUCUUUAGCGUUGCACUUUAUCUCUCUAUUUGUCAACACUGCAGAUCAUGUAAACACCCUAAGGCCAACGUCCAACGACAAAAAUGGCACAAAAGAAAAGCUUGAAGCAGAUAAGAAAAGAGUCCACUCGCGUUCCAGUUAAACACGAUGAGGACGACGCGGACUGCGACAUCGCUCCACACAUGGCGGACGACGAGCGUGAAAUCACGGGUGAUGACACCGGGGGAAAGCGCGCCCGCUCAGUCAGCGGUGACGGUGAAAAACAGGAGACCAUACCGCCGGAUCUGAAAUACUCCCCACGCACACAUCCACUUAGGAAGGCUAAUUUCGUCUCGAAAAUAUUUUUUUGCUGGAUGUAUGGGUUCUUUCGCGUCGGCUACAAAAGACCGCUGGUUGAAGAUGACUUGUAUGACAUACUGCCAGAGGAUUCUACCAAUGUUCUGGUUGAGAAACUGCAAAGUGAGUGGGAUAAACAGAUCGACAAAAGCAAGAAAACUGGUAAACCACCGUCGUUACGUCGGGCCCUGCUGCGAACGUUUGGAUGGGGCUACAUGCUUUUGGGUAUCCCUGCUUUCUUAGAGGAGUCCGUCUUCAAAGUGGUUCAGCCUCUGAUGCUGAGCCAGCUGGUCCUGUACUUCUCCACGGACCUGGUGUCGAUCCGCGAUGCCUACCUCUACGCGGCGGGGAUCACGGUCUGCUCCUUGAUGACCGUCAUGUGCCACCAUGUCACCUUCUUUGGCGUGGCGCGCUACGGCAUGAGAGUCAGGGUGGCCUGCUCGGGCCUCAUCUACAGAAAGGCAUUGAGGCUCAGCAACCUCGCCCUUGGAGAAACGACAGUCGGACAGCUGGUUAACAUUCUAUCCAACGACGUCAACAGAUUUGACUUGGCGUUCAUGUUCUUGCAUUAUCUCUGGAUAGCCCCUAUCCAGCUAAUCUUAGUGACGGCUCUGAUCUGGCGUGAGAUCGGCGUAUCCUGCUUAGCAGGCAUGCCCAUCUUGAUCCUGCUGGCUCCACUGCAGGGCUACAUGGGUAAACUCUUCUCCAGAUUCAGAUCCAAAACGGCCUUGCUGUCGGACGCCCGGAUCCGCAUCAUGAAUGAAGUUAUAUCCGGAAUGCGCGUCAUCAAGAUCUACGCCUGGGAAAAGUCCUUUGCCAAGUUAGUCUCGGAAGCCAGAAGAAAGGAAAUCCGCAAGAUCAUGCAUGCUGCCUACCUGCGUUCCUUCACCCUCGCCUUUUUCUUCGUGGCGCCUCUUCUCAUCACCUUUUGUACCUUCGUGGUCUACGCCGCUCUGGGUAACCCCGUGAUCCCGUCCAAGGUGUACGCCGUCAUUCCGCUGUUCUACACGGCCAGGCUCUGCUCUGCGCUCUUUGUGCCGUACGCCAUCAUGAACGGCACCGAAGGCCUGGUGUCCAUCCGCAGAAUCAAGAAUUUCCUUCUGAUGGACGAGCUAAACGUUGAAGCCUCCCAGCCCAGCGAUGCCGCUGCCCCCAGCGUGGCAUACAGAGGCACCAAUGCAGUCUACCUCAACGAGGUCCAAGUCACGACAGCAGAUGAAACCUCUUCGCCGAGCAGCGAUGCUGAUCAGCAACAGGACAGCGAAGCAUCGCAUCAACAGGACAGCGACGACCAUCAGCAACAGAACAGCGACGACCAUCAGCAGCAGAACAGCGACGACCAUCGAAAACAGAACAGCAUCGUCAGUGACGCGGUGGAAUCACCCACACACAGCGUGGCUCUACUGAACCACACUGACGAGACUAGAACCCUCUCCAGUGCAGCUGAGAAAACCCACCGGCCGGGGAUUAGGGUGGAUAAGUUAACCGGCUCAUGGACAAAGGAUCUAAGUAAUGCUGUUCUAGAUGGCAUCAGUAUCCACGUAGAACCGGGAGAGUUACUGGCCGUCAUAGGACCAGUUGGGUGCGGCAAGUCUUCCCUUCUGAUGGCCCUGCUGGGCGAGCUGCCCACUGUAUCAGGAGUCAACGUCGUGAGCGGCCGGGUUGGCUACACUGCCCAGCAGCCCUGGAUCCUGUCCGGCACGCUGAAGGACAACAUCCUGUUUGGGCUGCCUCACGAGCCGGCAAAGUACCAGCGAGUCAUCCGACAGUGUGCGCUCAGCAGAGAUAUUGCACUGCUACCAGACGGCGACCUGACGCUGGUCGGCGAGCGCGGCGUGACCCUUAGCGGAGGUCAGAGGGCAAGGGUCAGCCUGGCCAGGGCCGUGUACAGCGACGCUGACGUGUAUCUACUGGAUGACCCUCUGAGCGCGGUAGACCCGGCAGUCGGGAGACACCUAUUCGACAGGUGUAUCCUGAGCUAUCUGAGUGAGAAGCCCAGGAUCCUCGUCACCCAUCAGCUGCAGUUCCUGGACAAAGCAGACAAGAUUCUCGUCCUCAAACAGGGUAAAGUUGCCGACUACGGCACGUACCACCAGCUGCAGAAACACGGCGUGGAUUUCGCGGCCUUGCUGAAGAAGAAAUCGAAGAAAGGCGAUUACGAUGGGGAGGGCGGUGAACCACCCACCCUGGAGCGGCAACUCUCCAUGAUGUCCAGAACCUCCGUGUGCUCCUCUGCAGUGUCCGUUCCUGAAUUUGAGUUCGAGGCGCCAGUGAACAUUGUUCCGGAGGAGACCGCCGUCGGAACCGUGGGUAUCGGCGUCUACCUGAGAUACUUCCGGGCUGGCGCCAGUCUGCUGCUGCUCCUCUUCUGGUUACUUAUGGUAUUUGGAGCACAGGCUGUCUUCUCCCUGAGUGACUGGUGGCUAUCACAGUGGGCCUAUUCCGAAGAGCAGGACCUAGCAGCGCAGAAUCUAACCAGUCAGGAUGGUGAGUAUAUCGUCCAGUACGAUAAACGCACCUACUUCAUCCAGCCCUACGCCAUCAUGUGCUGCGUGACCAUCGUGGCCUGCUUCGUCCGGAGCUUUCUCUUCUUCCACAUCUUUGUCACGGCCGCCAGAAACCUCCACAACCAGAUGUUCAGUGCCAUCAUCCGAGCCCCCAUGAAGUUCUUUGACGACAAUCCUGUCGGUCGUGUGCUGAAUCGUUUUGCCAAAGAUAUCGGUUUCAUGGACGAACUCUUGCCAUCCACAUUUACCGACUUCCUGCAGAUAAUGGUCCUGACCCUUGCCACGGUGAUUGUGAUCACGGUCUUCAAUCCUCUCUGUCUCACGUUCACUCUGCCCAUUGUGAUUGUCUUCAUUUUCACCCGGCGCUACUUCCUGGCGUCGUCGCGAGACGUCAAAAGGCUGGAGGCAAAUGCCCGGAGUCCCGUCUUCUCCCACCUGUCAGCCACACUGACGGGUCUGAGUACGGUCCGGGCGUUCAAGGCCCAGCAGCGAUUCAUCGAAGAGUUUGACGAGUUUCAAGACAAGCACACCAGGGCGUGGUUUCUGUUCCUGGCCACGACGCGCUGGUUCGGGGUGCAGCUGGACUCGUUCAGCGUGCUGUUUGUCGGCGGGGUCAGCUUCACGAGUGUCUUGGCAGUAAAUUUUCUUGAGCUCAACUCGGGCAUCGUGGGUCUUUCACUGACCUAUGCCAUCAACCUGAUGGGGGCGUUCCAGUGGGGAGUCAGGCAGAGUGCGGAAGUCGAAAACCAGAUGACGUCAGUGGAGCGGGUCGGCCAGUACGUGGACAUCAAAUCAGAAGCGGCCUUGGAAACGGACUACAAGCCGCCCCCCGACUGGCCCAAGUAUGGCCUCAUCACCUUCGAGGGCAUGUCUCUCAGUUACACCGACGACGGACCGCUUGUCCUCAAGAAGAUCAACUGCUGCUUCCGGCCAAAAGAAAAGGUGGGCAUCGUGGGCAGGACGGGGGCCGGCAAGAGCUCACUGAUGACAGUCUUGAUGAGACUGGCCGAACCCACAGGUACCAUCAUGAUAGACGGUAUCGACACAGCCCUAAUAGGACUGCACGACCUCCGCAAGAAAGUCUCAUUCAUCCCACAGGACCCAGUUUUGUUCAGCGGGACGCUACGCAGGAACCUGGAUCCUUUUGAAAACCACGAAGACCCCGACAUAUGGAGGGCUCUAGAAGAGGUGGAGUUGAAGCCAGUGGUCGAGGAGUUACCGGAUAAGUUGGAGGCCAUCUUGACAGAGGGAGGAACCAAUUUCAGUGUGGGUCAGAGGCAGCUACUGUGCCUGGCUAGGGCUAUCCUACGCAAGAACAAGAUCCUCAUAGUGGACGAAGCCACAGCAAACGUGGACAUCAGAACUGACCGUUUGAUCCAGGCGACCAUCAGACAGCGGUUCAAGCACUGCACGGUCCUGACCAUAGCUCAUCGCCUCAACACAAUCAUGGACUCCGACCGAGUCUUGGUGCUUGACGCUGGUCGUUUGAUCGAGUUUGACGAGCCGUACAUUCUGCUCCAGAAGGAAGACGGCAUCUUUAUGAACAUGGUGCAAGAGACCGGCAAGGCGGAGACGGCUAAGCUCCUGGAGGUCGCCAGGGACAAAUACCUGGAGAACAACCCCACCGACCCGUACGGCUUCCUGGGCCCGAAGAAGAACCACUCGGACCUAACUUGCAUCUCGCCCAGGAGCAGAAAGGCUAUCAGUAUAGAAACCUCCCUGUGAAAUUAAGAUAGCAAUAUAUUUGCAGCAUGGUGUUUCAAAGUGUAAUGUACCAAUGAAGAAUUUAGAGGCAUUUUCGAAACCGCGGCUUUGUACCAGUUGCGUGGUUGUAGGUGCUUCAUAUGGUAGACUGAGUCUCAGUAUUGAAACUGUGUUGUGCUACUGCGUUUGAAUGCCCGUUCCAAUGGUCUCCCCCUGAAUUGGAUAGCAAAUUGUAAUGUGUGGACCUCUUCUGACACUAGAGGGCGCUACUUUUCUUACCAAAGCCAUAGGUUUAGGGGAAUUAAGGGGAAUAGAAUGGAGGAUAAAAAAUAGUUAUCUACAUUCCUCUUCUGUUUAAGACGCCAUAAAAUACUGAUUCGCAAGAGUCAUUUCAGCGGUGUUUGUACGAUAUUUCUUUUCAAAACCUUGUAUGUUUCAAUACUCCGGGGUGUGCACUGGAGCGUAAAUUGUACAACAAUAGGCCGUACACGACGUUUAAUUCAAGAGCAACACAUGGUCCGCCUCCACGGACUUUCUGUGUGUGUACAAAAGACACGAGGGAUUAGCUGUAAAACAAACUGAAAUUUCUGUUCGGUCAAAAGACGCUGUAAUAAACCUGUGCAGCUGGCAAAAUCAGUAUUGUUUUUGUAUCAAGUGUGCUCUUGUGCCUACAUGUAUGUAUCUUUUGAAAAAUCUCUUUAUGUAUUUUUCUGAAAUGAGUUACGGAAUUAUGCAAAGAUGAUUAGGUAUUGUAAGCAAAGCAGGACAUAAAUCAAAGAAUUUUGUCAUUAAAACAAAUUAAUGUUAGUUUUCCUUGGAGAAAUUCGAUAACCGAUUUUGGGUGUAUGAAAAAAAAAAAAAAUUAACAUGAUUUUUGUGCCUUAACAUAUGAUUGAAAUCUCAAUACACAAACAAAUGAAAGAAAUUGUUGAUGUACAUACACAACUCUUGAAAUGUAUUUUAAAAAGCCGUUAUAUAUGUCAUUAGGUAUGACUUUCAGUAACCCAGCGUAUAAAAGGUUUGCAAUAAUAUUUAUUGGUUUUUGUUUUCAAUACUCAUUGAAAGGCUGUCUAAUUUUGCCAGUUGAAAGUAUUUACUUGCACUUCAGAUAGAGAGCUACAUUAUAGUCAGGCAUGAAACUGGGAAGUCACAAAAAAAGAGGAAAUUCAAAUAUUUCCAAGACUUUGUACAGUGUUUUUCUAUUUUCAGUGACACCCAUUGGAGGUCAAAAAGAGGAAAUCAGCUGAUCCGAGGAAAAGUUGCAUGUCUGUAUAGUAUAUUUAGUUCACUUCACGUCAUGCAUGUACUUGAACUCAGUAUUACAUUUAAACUCGUUGACAAAAUUGUAAUUUUAAACCAGGACCAUCUCUACAGUAUAUUGAAA